AUGCUCGAUCUGUCACCACCGGGGUACUCCCAGCCACUGGAAACACUACCACUGUACGAGCCGUCCAUCGAUCUACAAGGAUUAGCGUUGGUCAAGACUGAAUUCAUCACCCCGUACCAAUCUAACAACGGAGUCCGAGCUUGGAAACCAGUGAUUUUGCAAGUAAACUCAACGCAGCUCAAAAUGUACAGCUUAAACACCGACAAGAAGUUGCAAGAUUUGAUUGUGAAUCUCUACUUUGAACUAAACAACCUCAAGGAACUCACUAUUGACUUGAACACGGAGUACAAGAGAAACAACGGGGUCGAUUUCAGCUUUGGAAGAGUUGCCACCCGCAACGGCGGCUUCAAUGUCGAUGACUUGUUCUCGGGUGAUGCCUACGAUGGUGGGUUCAGCACAAACUCCGACGUCUCAAAGACGUUGUUCAACGAUUCCAAAAUCAACAAGUUUCGUAAUAAACUCAAGUCGCAGAAGAACCAGAAAAUCAUGAACCAAUUGAAGAACUACUAUCCUCAGUUGAAGAAUAACCAAUUUCUCUUUGAACCAUCAAGCAUACCUAAAGAGCACACAAAUCUAGACAAGUACAAGGGCAUGUUGAUCCACAGCUAUUCCUUGUCCAAUUUGCAAAUUGGUGAAGCGCCUUCUUUGAACCAACUUAUAUCAGCAAUGUACAAAGAAGACCAAGCCGAAUCUUCCAUGGCCAACAAUUCGUCACUAGUUAAAUACAAAAACACAUUGCGAUUGCGAAUAGAGUACAAGCAGAUUUUGCUCCAGUUUUGGUCUUUCCAUAGCAUGGUUACUUGGUUUAGAAACUUGACCAUCGGGCGAGAUUUGAGCGUGCCCUUGGAGUACAGAACGGUAAGCAAAUUGAAAUCGAUACCUAGCCGGUAUAGUAGCCGCAACAAUGCGCUAUUGGCUGCAACCGCAGCUGCCGCUGGUUAUGGAAGAGGACACAGUCUAGAUAAUAAUCAUAAUAAUAGCAACAACAACAACAACACCACCGUGAUGGGAGAUGAAUUCAUGUCGUCGGGGCCACUGUCAUUCAUGCUCUCCACAGCAGCGCAACAGCAGCUCCUAAGUCACAAGGACGACGGAACAAGUGCAUCGCUAUCAGAUGCAAGUUCGGUAUUUGAUGCAAGCGAACGGCGAAGCUCCAUGGUAUCCUCCUCUUCAGCCACAUCGAUGGAAAACUCGGGGGCAUUAGUCGUUGUCAUCAACAAUUUCAAGUUUGUGUCCAAGGAUAAUUUAUACACCACCGUGGAAAAGCAAUACAUCUCCAACUGUAUACCCAAUCUCAAUUCGUUCGACAAGUGGAAUGGCAAAUUGGUCACUAUAAGCAACGUGGAGUGCUUCUUGAGAGACGAAAGAAGCUACAAGAACAAAAACGAUGUUUUCAUCAGCUACUCGGCCUUGGGAGACUUGGUCACCUUGUUUGACCGGAAAUUCCCCCACAAUGAAACGCAAGGUGAAGGUGAAGCUGCAGUCCACCCCCAGCAUAACAAACUCUGCGAAACAAGAACUUUUUUGAUCCAUCAAAACGGACUAGUUGGAGUGCACUAA